CUCGACCCAUUGCCACCGCUGCUUUCUUCUUCUUCUCAUGGGAGCUGCGCAGUCGGCUAGAGCAAAGGCAGGCAAUGUCAGCGGCGAGGCUGCGCCGGAGCAUGUCGACUACUACGAGCUGCUCCAGGUCGAGGUAGACGCGAGCGCAGACGACAUCAAACGGUCCUACCGCAAGCUGGCCCUUAAGCACCACCCAGACAAGAACCCCGAUCGCAUUGACGAAGCAACAAAGUACUUUCACAAGCUACAAGAAGCAUUCGAUAUCCUCUCGGACGAGCAGGAGCGCGCUUGGUACGACAACAACAGGCAACGCUACCUCAACGGCGAGUUCGAUGAUGAUGGUUUGGAUGAGGAGGCUUUCCAGAGCUUCAAAGAAGGCAAAGAAGCGCCUAAACCGGCAGGCAGCUCUAGUCCUGGCUUGACGCCGAGGCAUCUCAUGCGCUUCUUUGAUCCAAGUCUGGCAGAGGAUACGACAGACUCGGAUUCGUCCUUCUUUGCAACGUACCGCCGCCUGUUUGAGCGUUUGGUCGAAGAAGAAAUCGCUGCCGCCGUCUACCCGGGAGAGGAUGGCGAAGAUGCUAUCCCGCCGCCGCGAAGCGCUUUCCCCUCCUUCGGCUACUCGCAUACACCCUUUGCCGCCUCUGGUAGCAAGAAGAGCAGGGAUGAUGCUACGAUCCAUCAGACGCCGGCACGCGACUUUUACAACUACUUCCUCAACUUUCAGACUCGAAAGAGCAUGGGAUGGCUGGACCAGUAUCGCCUGUCUGAAGCUCCUGACAGACGGGUGAAGCGCUUGAUGGAGAAGGAGAACAAGCGUGCGCGAGAGGCAGGAAGGCGAGAGUACAACGAUACUGUCCGCGCUCUUGCUGGGUUUGUGAGGAAGCGGGAUCCGCGAUAUAAGGCUUUUCAGGAGGCUCAAGAGAAAGCAAAGAGUGGGCCUGAGGCAGAAGCUAAUCGCAAGGCGUACGUGGCCAGAAUGGAGAUGGAGCGACAAGCCCGCGCCGAUGCUUUUCAGGCGCAGAGCUGGCAGGUUGCAGAUGAGGCGGAGGAUAUUUGGUCGGAGGGGGAGGACUAUGAGAGCGACGUCGGAGAAGGCAGUAGCCAGAGCGGUGCUGAGGGAGGGUCACCACGCGCCGAUGGCGACGACGAAGAGGAUUUGGAGGACGAGCCUACAAGUUGGGACUGCGUAGCCUGCGACAAGAUCUUCCGCAGCGAAGCCGCAUUCCGGAAUCACGAGCAGAGUGCUAAGCACAAGAAGGCAGUCAGAGCACUACAGCGCAAGAUGAUGAAGGAAGACAAGGAGUUCACGGCUGACAUGGACGCUGCGCUAGCUCACGACGUACAGGCGAUGGACCUAGAGGAGGAUGAGGACGCAGCGGAAGACGAGGAAGGGACGGCCUUCGCUGGGAUGAGCAAGAAAGCGAGAAAGAAGGCAAAACAGAGGAUGAAGGCUGCAGCAGCGGAGGCAGCAUUUGAGCCUCCUGAAGCACCAGCGCCAUCCAACAACGGGGCCGCUGCCAGCCCUCCUCCGCCCACACCCUUCGACGCAACCAACUGGGAGCCAAGCUACAAUCCCCUUCCUCUCGGCGAGCCCCUCCCACUCAACGCCUUCACCCUCUUCGGAUUCGGCUCCCUCAUUUGGAAGCCUCCGCCGCAUGUGACGCACUCGCAACCAGGCUUCAUCAAAGGCUUCACUCGCCGAUUCGCCCAGCAUUCCAUCGAUCACCGUGGUACGCCCGCCCGUCCCGGACGGGUGGUGACACUGAUCUCCGCAGCAGACUGGCAUAGCUUCAAGGACGCAGACGAGAGUCCUGAGGGGGACAUUGUCUGGGGGGUGAUGUACACAAUCGAUGGAGAGUUCGCGACGGAGGUCCGAGAGUACCUCGAUCACAGGGAGAAGAAUGGGUACUCACCCCAAAGCGUGGAUGUUUGGGGCUUUCCGUCCUCCAGCUCGAGAGAAGGUCAGGACGAGCCCACACUUCUGCAACGCGACACCCUCGUAUACGUCGGCCUGCCGGACAAUGAAGCCUUCGUUGGCCCUUCACCUUUACCGGAACUGGCCGAGCGGAUUUUCACUUGCCAAGGACCGUCAGGACGGAACGACGAGUAUCUGCUCAAUCUCGCGGCGGUCACAAGGAAGUUGAGCCCGCAGAGUGUUGAUAGCCAUCUCUUUGAGCUUGAGAGGAGGGUCAAGAGCUUGGAGGAUGAGGCGAAGAACGGCGAAGGG